AUGGCGCAAAUGACACGGUUUCUCACACGAUGGGAAUCACUCCGCCGCUUUGGGGCCUACCUGCAGUGGGCGUUACCUGGCUACUCAGCCCCAGUUGAUGAUUUUGAGCCGGAAGACGAGAAUGAUGACGAUGCUAUUAUCAUCCCUCCGACAAACAACAAAGAUGCCGACACUGAUGAUAAUGAUUUGGAUGAUAACAAUACCCCCUCCUCUUCUGCCUUCAAAAUCGCAAAAAACGCACCAUUUUCCAUUUCUGUCCAAAUACUCAAGCAGGAAUUUGGGACUGCUGACUUCCUCACGCAUCUCCAUGCCUUCCUAUCCACCAAAUCCAUCCUUCCCAAUGACUUCAAUUCCAUCACAGCACAUUUCCCAGUAUACAAACGGGUAACAAUCACAAUCCCCCCUGUUGUGCAGGUCUCCACCCUUUCUAUUGCGGACAUAGUCCGUGCAACACGUGCUCUUCCAGCUCAGGGCCUGAAGAAGGCAGUUGAUUCUCAUUUUAAUACUGUUUUGGCUUGGAAGACAACUCCUGAGAAAGCAAAUCGUCUCAGCAUAACUGGCCUUUUUGCAGGCCGUGUCCGGGCUAUAUUUGCACUUCCAAUGGAAUACGGAUGGUUUGAAACACCACUUGCAUAUAUUGAGUGGUUCAAACCACUCACCCAGAGAGAUGAAACUCUUGGUAUGUUCAAGAUUUCACCCGCAUCUCAUCAAAACCGGCGACGUGCUUCAAUCAUUCCUAUCACACUGAUCAACUAA